AUGAAGAUUCCCAUCCCAAGUAGUCUUAACUUCUUUGGUGUAAUCAGCAAAGGUGACUGAAACAUUAUUAAAUAUAUAGUAAAGUCUCAGUCAAGGUUUCAAUAUCAGUUUUAUGCAUAAUCAGAUAACAAAUUCUCACAAGAUCUUGUAACAACCCUAUGGCAUUAGAACCUUGUGUCAAGAAACUUACAAGACCUUGUAAGAAUCUUGUGUUAAGAAUCUUGUGUGAUCUUGUAAGAAUCUAGUGUCAAGAAUCUUACUAGAUCAUGUUUUAAUUUGUGUGAUGCCAACUGACAAAAGCUGGAUGGGACCAGAUUCGAAAAACAAAGACUGAAGACCGAAGACCUCGAAAACGAAGACCCCUCUUAAACUCACUUGGAAACCGCUUUGAAACUGCCUAUAACUACUUCUAAACACUAGAGGAGUGUAAGAAACAACACGGUUGUCAACUAUCCAAAAUUUUGACCAAGGUCUUCACAGGGAAGACCUAGAAAACGCCAAAGAAGCUCCUGGUGCUAAAUGUGAUCUUGGCAAGAAUCUUGGCAUGAAUCUUGGCAGGAAUCUUGCCAUAGAUCUUGGUAAGAAUCUUGGCAGGAAUCUUGCCAUAGAUCUUGGUAAGAAUCUUGGCAGGAAUCUCCUUGGUAACAAUCUUGGCAAUAAUCUUGGCAGGAAUCUUGGUAUAAAUCUUGCCACAGAUCUUGGCAAGAAUCUUGGCAGGAAUCUUGGCAAGCUUAUAAAACUGACUCUCUUUGUACCCUUUACUAAGAACGGUAAAUUUAAACGUACAAAAUGUGGACUUUCUCCUAAAGGUUUUUGUAUUCUACGCAGUGUAACACGGAUUAUGGUUAAAACAUAUAAUUGCAGCUGCAACAGGAACAUGUAUCUUUGUUGAUGCAGCAACAUAAUAUUAAUAAAGAUUGCAGAGUUUUAUUUGGAGAUAUUUUUGUUGUGCUUUCCUUGGGUCUAGCCUUGCGAUAUUUAACAGGAAUGUGCAGCCCAGGGUGGGGAAAUUUGGUUGUAUUUGACUGGAAUGAUUUGCCCGUGGGCAGGGAAUUUGACUGCAAAUUUUGGAUGCGGGGACGUCAAACACAGGGACAUGGGGGAUGUGAAUGAUUAUUGCAAAAGUCGGAGUUAAAUGUGAUAUCAGUCAGUUUCAUCGUGAAUAUGUUUUGGUGAACGCAGCUCACCCUACCCUCCUUAUGGUUCCAAUAUUCCACCAAGGAGACUUAGACAUUGGUUUCACUUUCCUCAAUGCAGGGGGUCUUCACCACAUUACUUGUCAUGAAGGAUUUCCAAGGUAAGGUUAUGCUGCGUUCGUCUUGAUUAUGACUAAAAUCCUAACACAUCUUUGCUUGAAUCUUGUAAACUUACAAAUUAUGUCGAGAUAUCUUUUUCAAAAUCUGAGUACUUCUAAACACUACAGGAGUGUAAGAAACAACACGGUUGUCAAUUAUCCACAAUUUUGACCCAGGUCUUCGUUUUCUAGACCUACAAAAAUGAAGUCCUAGAAAACGAAGGCCUAGAAAGGGAAGACCCAGAAAAUGCCAAAGAAGCUCCUGGUGCUAAAUGUCUUGACAGGAAUCUUGGCAACAAUCUUGGCAUGAAUCUUGGCAGGAAUCUUGCUAGAUCUUGGCAAGAAUCUUGGUAG